AUGCUUAACUGUUUCCAAGAUAGUUCGAGUAGCAUGCGGCCGCUCGUAUACACCAAAGGACUACUCAAGCCUCAGCGAAGCAAGUCUUCAAUCGGCCUCCUCUUCGCCUCUAUAUAUUCAACGUUACUCUCAGCCUUGUUCUUCAUUGUUGCAUUAAUCCAGCCAAAAUAUGGACAUGUUGUAUCGGCCCGUGGCCGCUUUUCGCCUUCGUCUGCCGCCCUCUUUACAGCCUUCAUCGCCAAAACAGUCGAGUUGUCCUUUGUCAUGGUUUUCCUGGCCUUCAUAGGUCAGGUGUUGUCGCGCCGCGCCAUUCACCAGAAAGGUGUAAGUUUGGCGACUAUAUCAAUGCGGUCAUGGAUUCUCCAGCCAGGAACACUUCUUAGUCAGUGGCGGAGCGUCAAGUUUGCUGGCUUCAGUGUGCUAGGGGUAUUUUCUUUGGUCACUGCCAUCUUGUCGCUAUUGUAUACGACUGCCGCCGGUGCACUUGUACAACCGCAGUUGCGCUUACCGCCAUGGGAAAAACAAACCCUCGCGGGCGAGGUAGCGGGCGACUUUUCCAGCACACUCCAAGCCAAAGACACAUGCCUAAAAGCAUGGCCCGACGUGGGCGACCAAGCCUGGGGCGGCAGUACAUGUCUUGCUGUCAAAUGGUCAUCUUUAUGCGGUCGCAACUUUGUACGAUACAUGGCUUCUUGGGACGAUAAUAAAGCCCAAGAUAACCCGCCCUGGAUGUCUGAUCGCCUGGAUCAGCGUCUGCCUAUCUUUGCCGCGCUGGAUAACAAUAUCACUGUAACGACGGCCUGGCUGGACAGCCACGAUGUGAAAACGGCCUCGGAAAAGGCUGGAAGAAUAAUCAAUAAUAUUACCAUAGCAGUGCCUCACCGAGGAGUCCCGGCAGCUGCUCGAUUCUCCAAGAACGAUAUUCUGCAACCAGAGGAUCUCCAUGAGGGCGGCUCGUAUUCGAUUCAUGCGUCAGUCGCAAGCUUCGCACUCAACGCCAUGUGUGCCAAUGUGAAGGAAGAAGAGCUGGCUCCCAUCAUCUAUACAAACUGGCCCAACGCACUUCGGAUGGAUGAAGUGUCAAAAGCAGUGAAUUGGUGGCCAGUGAUGGGCUUCCCCCCAGGCACCAAUACCAACAACAAAACCGUUCUUGACGACAUUUUCGGGUGGAAAGAUGAGACUGAAGAUCAUUCCCGUGCUAGACCCAGCAAUGCGUAUCUUUUUGUUUCGAGGCCAAAGCUUGCGCUGACUAGUCAGAUUGCCAAUCACACACAAGUCCCGUAUACGGUUGGUGACCGACCAGAAGUCUAUCUUCUUGGCAAGGCUCCUGAUAACACCACCUCGGAUUAUUUCCUCUGUUCCAUGAAAGCUGGCAUCACAACGUCUUGCACUACGCGCUACAAUGCUUCCUCGAGUGGACAGAGCCUUGACGCUGCUUGCAGUGACGCCAACAAAUCUAGCAACGGCGACGAUUCCACCAUCCCGCCUCUUCAUUCCAAAGAUGACAGGCCAGGACUCGUCAGUUGGCGCGAACUAGGCUUCAACCUGCUCAAUUCCUUGAGCUUGAACAACGGUGUCUUUGACGGUGAUGCAUCAACAGCACGCAUAUUAACACAACUCCAACUGACAGAACCGUCGCUCAACAAAACUCUGCCGAGUCCCGCAGAAGCACUGCUAAGCAUGAUGACGUGCACCGUUCUUGAUCUGACGCAGAACUUCCCAUUCAAGCCCAACUGGGACUCCAAAGCCACAGACGGCAACCAGCCAACCCUGCAAUACUUUAACGCCUCGGUGCGCGUAGCACAGUACAUGUCUGGCGGCGAGAAUCCAUAUCAAAAGGCCUUCCUCGUCGUCCUCGCCCUCACCCUCCUCAUCAACCUCUUCAUCCUCUUCUACCUCUCCUUUGUCCUGCGCAUCCGCCUCAUCACCGACCUCUGCGAGCCCCUCGUCCUCUUCGUCCUCGGCUACCACUCCCCGCCGUCCGACGGCCUCUUCAAGGGCCUGCCGCAGGAAGGCCCGCGCACCAGUGAUCUAACCGUCGAUUGGAUCGUCAAGCGCAGUAAUGACCAACUCGUUGUUGUCGGCAUGAACGAGGUAGACGACCAUGUGCCGCCGCGCACGGGCAUGGGCGGCUGGUUCCGCAUGCGGCGAAGAAGAAGUGGUGGCGAGGCUGAGACUCUGGCAGCAAAAUAG